AGAGUGUCUAUCUAAGGGAAAUAACCGGAGUGGCGCCCGGUGAAAGCGAGAUAAGUCCUGGAAACUGACGGAGGAAAAAUUAUCUCCAAACAUGAACCGAAAUGAUGGAAGCGAACUGGUUAUUGGUGAUCGUAUCGAAUGUGAUGAUUAUUUUGGGACGAUAAAAUAUAUAGGAGAAGUUGACGCGAUGGAAGGUGUUUGGUUUGGCAUUGAUUGGGAUGAAAUUCAUCGGGGAAAACAUGACGGUAGCUAUAAAGGUAGGCGUUACUUUCAAGCAGGACAUCCUAAAUCUGGUUCGUUUAUUAAACCAAUAAAGGCUAAAUUGGGACAAUCUUUCCCUGAGGCUUACGUCUGUAAAGUUAAAGAUGUUAUUGAUGUGCCUUCAAGAAUUUUGAUUCUCAAUAAUCAUGCAAUCUAUGGACUUGGUUCCCAGGAAGUGACCAGUCAGUUUUCGGCGAUUGCGUCAAAAAUAACAGAACUAGAUCUUUCUGGUAAUUUGUUGAAGAACUGGACUCAAGUUGCUGAAAUUACUAACUUAAUUCCUAAUCUGUUGAAGUUAAAUGUAAGUAAUAACCGUUUAAUAAUUCCUGAACACGCGGAAAACUUGUCAAAAUCUUUUGCCAAAGUAGAAGAUCUGGUUUUAAACCGAAUGAACUACGACUGGGCCAACAUUUUAUCUGCUGCGUCGAUGUUUCCGUCCCUUCGAGGUUUGUACGUGUGUUUUAAUAAUUUGGAAAAAUUGGAUGAUUCCACGGGGAAAUUGACAAACCUGAAAUUUCUCUCAUUAAUAGACAAUCGCUUAAGUGACUGGAACGAACUUUUAAAACUUGGUCAACUUCCUCAAUUGAGCACACUUUAUGUAAGUAACAAUCAACUGACAGCUGUCUCCUUCAAUGACGUACCUUUGGAAGACGGCGAGAAAACCACAUAUUUUCCUUCUCUGAAGUGUUUAGAUUUAAGCAGCAACCUCAUCGAUAACCUGUCAUCAAUCGAUGAGCUUAGUAAAUUAGCCAACCUUGCCGAGUUUUCUUUCCUUCAUAAUCCAGCAGCAGAUAUAGAUGAGGACAAACUAUUUAAUUUGAUAAUUGCCAAAAUUGGCAGUUUAAAAAAAUAUUCAAAAGCCGAAUUCCUUGUCGAAGAACGGAAAAGUGCUGAAAUAUUUUAUCUUCGCAUGGUUGAGAAACUGGCAUUAGAGAAAAAUAUCAGUGAAGAAGACACAGCUAAAACAUGUUCAAGAUACAAAGAACUGGUAAAGUUGUAUGGACAUGCAAGUCCUGAAUCAUUAAUAACCAAGACAACUGUUCUACGAGAUAAAUUAAUUGCAGUUGACAUUGAAACUGUUAAUAUUCCUGAUAAAGUGUUCAAGAACAAGAAAUUAUCUCCAACCAUGACCAUUCUAAAACUGAAGUUACUUGUACAAAAACUCUUUAAAAUUCAAGAAAUAACUAACCUAGAAUUAUCUUAUAUCAGUAAAAACAAUUCUCAAUUGAAAGUUCACUUAGAGAAUGAUUUGCAUGAACUGUCGUUUUACAGUAUAGAAAAUGGUGAUAAUCUCGUUGCAAAAUGGUAAUUUAUGCUUUACUUCAUUCCUGUCUAUGAUAACUUUAAACCGGCAACUAUUGUGUUUUGUAAAAUAUUUCCUGCAUGAACUUUUAUUAAAAGUGUGAGACACUUCA